CCCUCGCCGUCGGCCCCUCGCUGUCGCUCCUUUCGACGGCCUCAUUCGGCCCAGUCGUUAAGGGCUCUCGACCAGGCGUCUAGGUCGAGGUAGAGCUGACCGUUUCAUAGGAACGGUCAGCUCGCCAAGAGAAGCCAUCCUCGUGGGCCUGAGCCGAGCUCAGGACUUCCGAUGCCUCGCGACGAGGGCUUCCGAAGAGUCGUCGAGUGCCUCAGUGAGGGCAGCGGCUAGCGAGUCAGCUGGGACAGCGAGGAGUGACGGCGAGGGGGAGCAACGGCGAGGGAGGCAACGCGAGGGAGGGAGGCAACGCGCCGAGCGCGUUGAGUGGUUUCCUGCUUAGUAAGAAUCACCAUGGUAUAUAAAACUUAUUUAUGAACUUACCGGGUAUAUAAAACUUUUGCCCAUAAUAUAUACUGUACAUAGUAGAGGAAGUGUCGUCGUGUUCCCCUCAAACACAUCUCCAAAGGACAUCUCUCGCUGGCGUUAUCAAGUCCCUCACGAUAAACUGGAGUACCGAAGAGUCCAUUGUUCUAUAACAGUUCUUUAAUAUGCAUGGGUAUCCCGGCCGAUCCAGCAAUCGACGAUGGCGCUUCGCGCUUCUAUCCUUGCUCGCGCUCUUCCCUUCGCCGAGCGUUGAAGCCGGCAUCUUCCUAUCCCGACAUGGUUCAAGAGGGGCGGUGGCGAGUGAGAGCUCGAUAUGUAGCAGUAUUGGAAUAGAUCUCAUAAGGCGCGGCGGCAAUGCUGCAGACGCCGCAGUUGGCACGACGUUAUGUGUGGGAGUUAUCGGAAUGUAUCACAGCGGCAUCGGUGGCGGCGGUUUUAUGCUCGUGCGCAGCGAGACGGGCGAGUAUGAGGACGUUGAUUUCCGGGAAACGGCGCCGGCUGCUGCAUAUGAGGAUAUGUACGCCAAUUUCACGAUCGGCAGCAUAGUUGGCGGGGAUGCAAGCGGGGUUCCAGGCGAACUAAAGGGCUUCGAAUAUGUACAUAAGAAGUAUGGGAAACUACCGUGGGCAAUGGUUGUAAUGCCUGCAGCCGAGGUUGCAGAGAGAGGGUUUCCAGUGACCGAAGAUCUUUUUGGAUUCAUGACCAGUACGGUCAAGAAAGGACAGCAUUUUCUCACAGAAGAUCCCAGCUGGGCAAUAGAUUUUGCUCCAAAUGGCACACUCCUCCAACCAGGCGAAAUAAUGACACGGAAACGGUUUGGCAAGACCCUACGAACGAUUGCUCAGCAAGGGGCAAGUGCUUUCUACGAUGGACCUAUUGCGGAGGCCACUAUCCGGGCUGUCCAACUCGCAAAUGGCUCCAUGACCCUAGAUGAUAUGUCACAAUAUGAUAUUAUCUCGCGCGAACCUGUCAGCAUAGACUAUAGAGGAUAUAAGAUGUUCUCGACUGGUGCCCCGAGCAGUGGAGCAGUGGCGCUGAAUACCUUUAAAAUUAUUGAAGGGUAUAACAUGAGUGACCCCGAUAAUUUGAAGCUGAACACCCACAGACUAGACGAAGCUAUCAAGUUCUCAUACGGUAGCCGCAACGAACUCGGCGACCCAGACUUUGUGGAAGGCAUAGCCGAUUUCCAAGCCCAAAUGCUGAACACAUCAAACGCCCACGCGACUAGGCACAGGAUAUCAGACAAUCACACUCUAGACCCCACCGACUACAACCCGAAACUCCUCUCCAACCCCGACAGCCACGGAACAUCACACAUCGUGACGACCGACUCAUUAGGCCUAUCCAUCACGCUCACCACAACCAUAAACCUAUCCUUCGGCAGCCGGCUCUGCGUCCCCGAAACCGGCAUCAUCAUGAACAACGAAAUGAACGACUUCUCCAUCCCCGGCGUCUCCAACGAAUUCGGCUUCGUCCCCUCCCGCAACAACUUCAUCCGCCCCGGCAAACGCCCCCUCUCCUCCAUCACCCCCAUCAUCGUCGAGAAGGCCGACGGCAGCCUCUACGUCGUCACCGGCGCCGCGGGCGGCUCCCGCAUCAUCACCGCUACCAUUCAGGCGCUCUGGCAUGUCCUCGAUCACGGUAUGACGAUGCCUGAGGCGCUGGCGCAGCCGAGGUUGCAUGACCAGCUGCUGCCGGCGCAGGUGCGUUUCGAGGUGGGGUAUGAUAAUGCUACGACGGCGUAUAUGCGUGAGAGGGGGCAUAAUAUUACGUGGACGAGCGAAUUGCUUAGUAAGAUGCAGGGGAUUAGGAGGUUGGAGAAUGGGACGUUUGAGGCGGCGGCGGAGCCGAGGCAGAAGAAUAGUGGGGGGUUUGCGGUGUAGAGGAAUGUUGGAUACUCGUGAUCUAUGCGUGGUACUUAGAAGUAUGAGGGACUGUAUAUGAAGAUGAGAAGAUAUUAGCAAAUAUACAUUUAUAUAGGUUCUA